AUGUCGUCAUCAAAAACUCUCAUUCCUCUCCUCUCAUUGUCCACAGUGAUCUUCCUGUCAGUAUUAGCAUGCCUCUUCUUGUCAUCAUCAUCUCACAUGCUUGUCAGUGGAGAGCCCGAGUCGUCCUCAUUGAACGUUCAGUCCUCUCUCUUGUCUUCCUCGCGUAGUGAAGAUAGAGAAGAAGCAUCACUUCCGAGUAAAUUAAUUCAGCUUCGAAAGACUCGUGUAUCUGGAGGCACCAAAGCAUCGACCAAUGAAUUCCCGUUCAUUGUCUCGAUUCAAUACAUGACUUCUUCAACCUCGGCUGAACAUUUCUGUGGAGGAUCUAUCCUUGCUCCGAAUUUCAUCAUGACAGCAUCUCACUGUUUCUAUGACGACAACGGACGGUUAAUUUCAGCAGCAAAUAUAGUUGUGGUCUAUGGAAGAAACAACAUUGUAUGCUCUCCAUUGAGUUCUUGCACCUAUGUGCCAGCAAAAACCUACACUGUGCAUCCAUCUUACAGCACCAGCACCAUCCGAAAUGAUAUUGCAUUAAUUGAACUUUCAUCAAAUAUUCCCAUUGAUGGACAAAAAACAAGAAUUGCAUACAUUGAAUCAGGAUCAAUGCCUCUCUCCUAUUAUGUAUUUGUGAGUGGUUGGGGUUCUUAUGAUAGUUCAGGAACUAUAUCUAGUUCAUUACUUAAAGCGAAGAUCCCCAUUGUGAGUCUUUCCACGUGCAAUGAUCUUGGAUUACAAACAGUUUCACCAAUGCAAAUCUGUGCUGGAUUAGGUCAGGGUAUUGAUGCCUGUCCAGGUGAUAGUGGAGGUCCAAUCUUUAGAUACUAUUCUGGAACUAAUUUUACAACCAAUGACUAUGUUGUGACAGGAAUUGUUUCCUACGGUCCUGAUGUUUCGUGUGGCACACAAGGCAGUAUUGGAGUGUAUUCAAACACAACCUACUUUUUGAAAACAUUCCUUCAAAGUCGAGUGCCAUCCCUCCAAUUAAGUGCAUUUGAUCCUACCAGAGAUUACAAUGGACAAAAUAUUAACGAUGCAACUUCAGUGUUGAAUUGGAAAAUGAGCUUGUUUUCAAGGUGCAUUUACUUGAGUUCCAUAGUUGGAAUAUUGUUGAUCAUCAUUUCUUUGUAUUAG